AUGGCUUUGCUGUCAAACCAUCACUGCAAUUACCAGAGCACACAGUCCGAGAUGCUGACACCCGCAUACGCGAAUUCAGGGAGGAACUACGACCCCCUGUAUCCGUCACCGUACAACUCCCCGAACUACCAGAACGAUUCCAACAGACUCGCGUAUAGAGACAAUUGCACGCACGAGAACGAGCUCACACCGCGAAGAGGGGCCGAGACGCUGGAUUACGGCAAGGACGUAGUGUCGGAAUACACAAAGAGCCCGGAGGGAUACGAUAGAGGACCUUAUGGCGUCCUGACGCCCGUCACGCCGCAAAGAUACGAGCCACCACAUUCGAUGGAUCAGACAAGAUCGCCGCGAUCGAUGUUGUACGAGGAAAGUUCGAUGGACUAUCACACGCCAUCCUAUUGUUAUGAAACUCCCCCGCAAGAACCGAGAUAUCAGCCCCUGGAGAACAGCAAACCGAUCAUCUCGAUCGUAGAAUCUCGCGCCAAUUGCUGGGAACCUAUCAUCUCGACACAGAAAAUGCCGACGACACCGCCGGUGAGCCCGCGAAAGGGUCGGCGAAGAUCGCGCGACGUCCCGCCUUCGCCCACGGUACUCAAACGUCGUCGUCUCGCCGCAAACGCGCGCGAAAGACGACGUAUGAACGGAUUGAACGAUGCCUUCGACAAGUUGCGCGAGGUCGUGCCGAGCCUUGGGACCGACCACAAGCUCAGCAAGUUCGAGACUUUACAAAUGGCACAGAGCUACAUAGCCGCUCUGUACGAUCUACUGCAGAGGCACGAUAGCAAGAGAUAG